CAACAACAACCCUUUGCUCCUCUGGUCCUUACCCUCCUCUUCUCUCCGACCACAUCUCGCCUCGUCACGCGGCGAGUCUGACAGAGAGACGUAGAGAGACGCAGAGAGAGCCCGCAUCCGGUGACCUCACCGUGGCCGUCCUUUUGUCCUCGCACAUGAAUCGAUGAGGCGCUCUGUCCCUCGCACCCGGCGCCAUCCAAUCGGCGUUGCGUCCUUCAUCAUGUGCUGCACCUAGCCGUCCAGUCUGAGCUUCAUUGUCCUCCAGCAAGAUGGAGUCUCUGGAUGCUACCACCACCGCCGCAUCGGCCCUGGCCACCGCUGUCGGUGCCAGUGUCGGUGCCGCCUCCAUCAGUGCCCCCAACCCGGCACUGUCGUCGGUCAUGACACGCGCCAACGAUGUCGUCGUCACCCACGGCUCCUUGUCCUGGAUAGGCCUCGUCGCGAGGCUGAUUCUCGGCAUACUGCAGCUGCUUUCCACCAUCAUCUACUUCGCCCUCAAGCUUACUACUAUAUCCAUUCCUACUUUGCUCUUUAAUCUUUUUUCAACGAGCCUGACGUUUACGAUGAAUGCUACGACCAUAAUGAUAAUACUAGCGCUGAUAUUUUCUGGGAUAAGCUGGGUUGUGCGGUACCGCUAUCUCAACAUGUACUCCCGUCUUCCGCCAGAGCCUCAGAGGAAGGAGCCCGAGGUCGAGCUCUUCCCCGACACACAGGACGGCAUCAAGUCUGGCCUAUCUAACUACCUGGACGAGUUCUUGAGUGCUAUCAAGAUCUUUGGAUACCUCGAGAGGCCCGUCUUCCACGAGUUGACUCGUAGCAUGCAGACAAGGAAGCUGAUUGCCGGCGAGACUCUCAACCUCGAGGACGAGCAGGGCUUUUGCUUAGUCGUCGAUGGUCUUGUCGAGAUCUUUGUAAAGUCUGCACGGGCCAGGGCUGGGUCUAACAGCGUCGGUAGCGACGGCUCCUGGGACUCGGUCAGUGACGCCGAGGAUGGGGAGAUGCACCGCCCCGGCCAGCAGCGAUACCAGCUUCUCACCGAGGUGCGGAACGGCGCACCCAUGUCUUCACUCUUCACUAUCAUGUCUCUCUUCACCGAGGACGUCAAAUUACGGCAUGCCGAUGACGAAGCACCCAUGCCUAACACCGCCGCCUCUCAUGACGGCCAUUCCAGGUUCCCCUCGGCUGCUGGCCUCGAAAAGUCCAACGACACUCCCUCUUUUCCAGGUACACCAAUGUCAGAAGGUCCCCCGAGUGGUGUUCGGGGCGUUCGUCUUGAGGAUCCCGCCAAUUUGCAGCCUGGUUCUGGCGCAUUGCCGAGGGUGCCACCUAUGUCCCUUGACGAUAGCAAUCUUUCAACUCAUGAUUUCCCUCGGCACCACCAGCUCAAGACUAGGCCAGGGAUCAAACGGGUGGGGACCAGCUCGGUUCAUCCAGAUGUUAUCGCAAGGGCAUCAGUGGAUACCACGAUUGCCAUCAUCCCAGCCAGUGCAUUCCGACGCCUAAUUCGCGUCUACCCCAAAGCAACCUCUCACAUUGUGCACUUGAUCCUCUCUCGUUUCCAGCGGGUCACGUUGGCGACAGCUUUCAGCUAUCUCGGCCUGGGCGGUGAAGUCCUCCAGACGGAGAAGAACAUGAUCAAAUACACCAUCUGUCAGCUCCCGAAUCAGCUUCGAGGAGACCCAUUGGAGCGCCUCAAAGAGAAGUUCAAGCGAGAACGUGAGCGAAUCGGGGAGGGAGAGGCUGGCAAAGGCAUCGCACUGCACAACUCCAUGGCGGGAAGUCGGCGCCGGACAUCCUCGACAGCAGGCUUGCGGAAAGAGGCCGUGUUGCACGCUAUGAAAGGAUCUGUGGUCACCUCAACCAUAUUCCCCCCUCAGCAGCGGAGUUCAAUCGAUACGCCGAGCCCUGGUGAUCUCAUGGCUACCAUACAGCACGCCCGAGGUGGCGGACGCUUGCCAAGGCAGAUCUCUGCUCCACGUCAAGAUCCCGCUCAACCGUCUGAGGCACAGCGGAAGGAAGGAGUGUCCCCUCUGGCAGAGAGAACCUUCAACCCUUUCGCGAGCCAGCGCAUUUCUCUCGGAAAGAGGGAGCAAGUCGACGAGGAUAACGUGUUCCGAGAGUCCAUCUUGGAAUGCAUGUUCAAGGCCAUCGGUCUAGAAUCAAGUGGCACGCCAUCUCGGGGAACCGAUUCGGUUGAAGCCUCUCCUAGGCUUGUCUCAUUCGAUUCACGCCGCCACAAAGCAAUCUUUUCCAACAAUGCCUUCGGCUUCAUGGACCCGUUUGAUGCCUCAGUCGAUGGUGACACAGAGUCUGUGACCUCUAGUGGGCUCGCCCCGCACGCCUCCCCCGGCCCUCAUGCUCUCGCCCAAGACAUGAAGCAUGAACUGGAAAUCGUGUUCUUCCCGAAAGGGUCUGUCCUCGUUGAGCAAGGAGAACGAAAUCCUGGCCUGUACUACGUCAUUGAUGGCUUCCUUGACAUGUGCGCUUCCUGUGAGGAGAAGCCCAGGGACAUCUUGCACAGCUCGGGCGGAGAAGCGACUGACAUACCGGAUGGAUCCUUUGCACAUCGUCGCACGGCAACAGCCGCCUCGGAAUUCACAGCGCCUGACUUUGGCCAGGGUGGCUCAGAUGCCCGUAAGAAGGGCGCUGCCCGAAGGAGCGUUGCACUGAUCAAACCGGGGGGUCUUGCGGGCUAUGUUGGAACGGUGUCUUCCUACCGAUCGUUCAUCGACGUCGUCGCAAAAACAGACGUCUACGUUGGAUUUCUUCCUCGUGCGUCGCUGGAAAGAAUCGUGGAAAAGUACCCCAUCGUACUUCUGACGAUGGCCAAGAGGCUGACCAGCCUGUUGCCGCGCCUGAUCCUGCAUAUUGACUUUGCACUGGAGUGGCUCUCGGUCAAUGCUGGUCAGGUCAUCUUCCAUGAUGGCGACGAAAGCGACGCGAUCUACCUCGUGCUGAAUGGUCGGCUGCGUCUUGUUGAGGAUCGCAAGGAUGGCGGAGUCUCUGUGAGGGCGGAGUUCGGCCAAGGUGAGAGCGUCGGUGAGCUCGAGGUCUUGACAGAGUCAGCUCGUACUGGGACCCUCCACGCCAUCCGAGACACAGAAAUUGUCAAGUUUCCACGCACGCUGUUCAACAGUCUGGCACAGGAACACCCCAGCAUUACGAUCAAGAUCUCCAAGAUGAUUGCUUCAAAGAUGCGCGCAUUUGUUGACGAUCCUGUGGUAUCAAAGGACGGCUGGAGCCGAACAACCGUCAACAAGAGCUCGUCUACGCUCAACCUGCGAACUGUUGCGGUCCUGCCGGUGACUGCGGGUGUGCCAGUGGUUGAUUUCGGGAAUCGGCUCAUGUCUGCACUUCAGCAAGUUGGAACUCGCAACGGCGCUACGGUUCUGAACCAGUCCGCCAUUCUCAACCACCUGGGGAAGCACGCCUUCAGCAGGAUGGGAAAGCUGAGGCUAUCUCAAUACUUGGCGGACCUGGAAGAGAAGUUCGGACUUGUCGUCUACGUUGCUGAUACGAGCGUCAAUUCAGCUUGGACACAGACCUGCAUUACCCAGGCCGAUUGUAUCCUGCUAGUUGGUCUUGGGGAGGGGUCACCUGCAGUCGGAGAAUAUGAACGCUUCAUGCUGGGCCAGAAGUCCACCGCACAGAAGAUUCUGGUUUUGCUCCAUGCCGAAAGAUACUCUGGGUCUGGCAUGACGAGAGCUUGGCUGAAGAACAGAGUAUGGAUUAAUGGCGGACACUUCCAUGUUCAAAUGGACGUCGGACGCGAGAACCUCCCUCUUCACCCUCGGGCCAAGCGACUUGGUCUCAACAUCAAGGAACGGGUCCAAACAUUGCAGGCCGAGAUCCAGAAAUACACGUCGAGGAAGGUCCGAUACAGCCCUGUGUAUGCGCCAGACGCACCCUUCAAAGGCGAUUUCCACCGCCUGGCAAGACGACUCUGCGGCAGAUCCGUUGGCCUUGUGCUUGGUGGAGGAGGAGCACGAGGAAUCGCGCACGUCGGCAUCAUUCGAGCGAUGGAGGAAGCUGGCAUUCCCAUCGACGUCGUCGGUGGCACCUCUAUCGGCUCUCUGGUUGGUGGUCUAUAUGCUAGACACGCGGACGUCGUCCCCAUCCUUGGACUGGCAAAGAAAUUUUCCGGUCGUAUGGGCAGCAAGUGGAGGUUCGCGCUAGACCUCACCUAUCCCUCGGCCUCCUACACCACGGGGCACGAGUUCAAUCGGGGUAUCUUCAAGAUCUUCGAGAAGACGCAGAUCGAGGACUUUUGGUUAGAGUUCUACUGCAAUACGACCAACAUCAGCAAGAGUCGGGCCGAAAUCCACACGAGCGGGUACGCAUGGCGGUACAUCCGGGCCUCGAUGUCUCUAGCUGGCCUCCUCCCACCUCUUUGCGACGAGGGCAGCAUGCUUCUGGAUGGUGGCUACAUUGACAACCUGACGGUAUCGCACAUGAGGUCACUAGGGGUGGACACCAUCUUCGCGGUGGAUGUUGGGUCUCUUGACGACGAUACUCCUCAGUCAUACGGCGACACGCUCUCGGGGGCGUGGGCAUUCUGGAACAGGUGGAACCCGUUCUCGUCGACGCCGAACCCGCCAACGCUGGCCGAGAUCCAGGCGCGCCUCGCGUACGUGUCGAGCGUCGACGCCCUCGAGCGGGCGAAGAACCUGCCGGGCUGCAUCUACAUGCGGCCGCCGAUCGACGACUACGGCACGCUUGACUUUGGCAAGUUUGACGAGAUCUCGCAGCUGGGCUACAAGUACGGGAAGGAGUUCCUGCAGGACCUCAGGGAAAAGGGCAUGCUCCCACUUAAGGAGGAGAGGGAGGCCAAGGAGGCGCUGAGGCGGACGAUGGCGCCCCGCAGGGCGAGUAUCUAGAACUAGAGCCAGAGCUAGACGUGCACCUUGGACCCGGUGGAACUGAGCAUCGAAGCUUUUGGUAUCACACCGCCACGUGUGCUUCAUCGUGCCUCUUAUUGUUAUAGUGUAUGUGACCAUUAGGUUCUGACAAAUUCCAUAUAUUCGCCUCCCCA